AGGAGGAAAGGGUAAGCCAGGCAUUAGACAUUAAAGCUUUGGGCGAUAGAAAUCAGAGACAGAACAGGGUGAAAAAAGGGCUCAUGUUAUUGCCCUAAUCUCAACCCCCGAAAAAACCAAAUAAAAAACCAAACCAAAACUGAGAAACAAAAGACUUUGUCAAAUGAUGACGUGACCAUCAUCCAUUCAUCCCCCAUUCCAGAUCCCCACUACUUCAUCACCACUCCUAACUCAUCGCUCAAUUUUCUUCUUCUUCUUCUUCUUUUCAAUUUUUUUUACAAAAUUCUCCCAAUUCUACAUCUGGGUUUUUGUUUUUGAAAGAUGGGUAUGGGUAUCUAUUAUAAUGGGGGAAUCAUGAGUCAAUUUUGAGAUUCUGUGAGUGGUGGGAAUUUGGGUUUUUUUUUUCUCUGCUUAGUUUAUAUAAAUUUUUUUAGAAGUGAUAAAUUGAUCAUCAAUAAAGAAACAAUAAUUAAUAGUUUAAUACUAAUAAUUAAAAAAAAAUGGGGAAUGUGAAUGGAAGAGAAGAUGGGAGUAAUAGCCCAUCAGGGAUUGAAGAAGAAGAAACAAGGGCUAACAGUGCUCUUGAAGCUAUGGCGGCACCUAUGGGUCACUCACCUCCUCACAGUCCCACAUCAACACAUUCUCCUCUCAUGUUUACUCCUCAGGUUCCAGUUGUUCCUUUACAAAGACCUGAUGAGAUGCACGGAUCAAGCCCAUCGUGGAUGCAGUCUGCAAUCGGAUACGAAGAUGGCUGCACCGAGAAGGGAAUUCCAACAAUGAUUACAUGGGGCUAUGGUGGCAAAGAAGUAGCCGUUGAGGGAUCAUGGGAUAAUUGGAAGACAAGAAUCCCUUUGCAGAGAUGUGGAAAAGACUUCACUAUUAUGAAAGUGUUACCAUCGGGUGUUUACCAGUAUAGGUUCAUUGUCGAUGGACAAUGGAGGUAUGCCCCUGACUUGCCAUGGGCUCAAGACGGCACAGGCAAUGCUAACAACAUUUUGGACUUGCAGGAUUAUGUUCCGGAAGAUAUUGAAAGUAUAUCUAGUUUCGAACCUCCGCUGUCCCCCGAGUCAAGUUACAGUAAUUUGCCGCUUGGAGCCGAAGAUUUCGCUAAGGAGCCACCACUCGUCCCUCCUCACCUACAACUUCCACUCCUUAAUCUACCUGCAUCUCACAUGGAGAUCCCGCCACCUCUGUCGAGACCAAAGCACGCAAUCCUCAACCAUCUGUACAUUCAAAAGGGGAAAAAUGGCCAACCUGUGGUGGCACUCGGUUCGACUCAUCGGUUUCGAGCCAAGUAUGUGACCGUGGUGCUGUACAAACCCGUGCAGCGGUAGUAUUAGAUUGUGUCCCGGUACGGGAUCUUUGUAGUCUCGGGUGGAUCACAUGAAUGUGGUUGAUAUAUAGUUAUCAGUAUAGAUGUUGUGCCGUCAACUUUAACUAUAUAUAGCCUAGGUAGGGAGUCGCCAUAUGAAAACUUCUAAAGAUUCUGAUCUUUGUUUUUCUCCACGCUUUAUAUAUAUAAGUAUUUGGUUCCCAUGAAA